CAAGAGCAAUGAAGGGGAGCAAGAUUCAUGAGCUCGAGACCGAUGUCCCCGCCUCCGAGUUGUGGGGGAUCUACGGCACUCUGAGUGCUGCGAAGCUGGUUCCUGAGCUGCUUCCGCAUGUCCUCAUCAAUGUCGAGAUCAUCAGCGGCGAUGGCGGUGUUGACACAAUUCUGAAGCUGACAUUUCCUCCAGGAAUUCCCGGCCUGCAGAGUUACAAGGAAAAGUUCACGAAAGUUGACAACGAAAAUUAUGUUAAGGAGGCGCAUGCAAUUGAGGGCGACAUUCUGAAGCUCGGGUUCAUCUCUUAUAUGAUCCGGUUCGAGGUCAUUGGGAAGGGGCCCAACUCUUCGGUGAUAAGGUCAACCGUUGAGUACGAGAUCGAUGAUGCACACCCUGAGCUUGAAUCCAUGGUCAGCACUGCACCUUUGUCUAUAAUUGCUGAAACAUUUGCCAAGUAUGUCAAGGCAAAGAAGGUCCCUCAGGCAACCUCUUAAAAAAAGUUCAAGGCAAUGUUUAUCAGAUGAAAAAUAAUGAGCGUACGAUUGCGAUGUUGUUGUUGUCAUCGACAACUUUUGUUUCACAAACAGUAUCACGGUUUUUGUCUGGUCUAGGGAAUAACAGCUGUAUAAUUACAAAGUUUAUGUAUCUUAGUUUUCAUGA